AUGGGUUUUGACAACAAAACUCUCGCGCCUUCUGAUGAGAGCAAGGACGCCGCUCUCGCUUUGGCCCUGAGUCACAACAUGUUUCCUUGCAAUGGCGUCAAUGGCAACUCUACCAUGAGUUCCUACGAAUGUAAAGCAGCUGCGGUUUUGUAUGCUACCACUCCUGAUGGACCUGCCGCUACGCAAUGGAUCGAUAAUGUCCCUGCUCUAUCCAAACUGGUCGAUGGUCUCACGGGGCUUCCAGUUCGGCCACCAUCCAUCUACGUCGACCUCGAGGGACAAAAUCUUUCUCGAUAUGGCACCAUCUCUCUAUUGCUGAUCCAUGUCCGUCUCGCCAACACAACUUACCUCAUCGAUGUUCAAUCUUUGGGCAACAAAUGCUUCUCCACGGCUGGAGAGACUGGCUGGACAUUGAAGGCCAUCUUGGAGUCCACCUACAUUCCAAAAGUGUUUUUCGACGUUCGCAGCGAUUCGGAUGCCUUGUUCGCCAUUUUCGACAUCACUCUGAACGACGUCAUCGACCUACAACUCAUGGAAUUCGCCGUCUGCCCUCGACAAGGCAAGAUAUGGGUCCAAGGGUUCAAAAGCUGCGUCCACGACCAGGCGGAGCUUUCCCGGAACGAGAAACCCCGAUGGAGCGAGACCAAGAAGCAAGGCAGUGCGUCGUUGGCACCCGAACAAAGCGGAAGCUUUCAGGUGUCCCAUAAGAGCCCCUUGCAACCGGUCCUCUUGGGGAAUUGCGCUCAGGACCUGUCUGUGAUGCCCUGCUUGUGGGCGCACUACGACAGCCAGAUGGAGGAGCAGUUGCGGGGCGAGGUCAUCGCAGCCUCGGCGGUGAGGGUUUGGGAGUCACAGGCGCCGGAUUACAGUUCCAGAGGACGGCACAUGGCACUGGCUCCCCUUUCGAUGAUUGACGCAAGCGAUGUUGAUAAGUGGCGGCGCCUGCACGAGUUGUACCACCCCUGCCACGGCCGGUGCGCUUUAGCAUCAACGGCACCCAGUAGUGAUGCUGCUGCGGGAAGCCUUUUCAGCAGUGCUGUUAGCCCUGUUUCUGGUGCUUCUACUGCUACUUCUAGGUCGUGGAUCUAUUCCGCGGAGUAA